UUUUCUUAAGAACCCAUUUGAUAUCUCAUUGAUUUGUGCACUCCAAGCACAAAUACCACAACCAAAAGCAAAAAACACAGCAUCGACAAAGGCAUGGCUUCUUCAAUGAGAAUGUCAUUCAUUCUCUUCUUUGCAUGCUCUCUCUUCCUACAAGGAACAUUAGGUGAGGUGAUUUGUGAGACUCUGCCCACCAAUCUUUGUUCCUUUGCAAUUGCAUCAUCUGGGAAGAGGUGUGUACUGGAGAACUUCCAAAACAACGACGGGAAAUUGGAGUUCACGUGUAAGACAUCGGAGGUGGCUGUGUCGACAAUGGCCGGUCACAUAGAGACUGAUAAGUGUGUGAGUGCGUGUGGGGUUGACCGGAGAUUUGUCGGAAUAUCUUCCGAUGCCUUCCUUGCGCCACAAUUCACCGCCAAUCUUUGCUCUCCAGCGUGUUAUCAGAACUGCCCCAACAUUGUUGACCUUUACUUUAACAUGGCUGCCGGAGAAGGAGUAUAUCUGCCUGCCCUUUGUGAGAAACAAAAGUCCAACCCUCAUCGUGCCAUGAUGGAGCUUUCGAGCAGUGGUGACGUCGCCCCUGGUCCGGUAGCCGCAAUACUUGCUGAAGCCCCUGCACCUGGAAUUUUCUAAUUUACUUCAUAAAUUUUUUUUUUAAUUAUUAUAAAGGAUAUGUGAAAUACUUGAACUAUACUAAUAUAUAUAUAUAUAUAUAUAUGUGUGUGUGUGUGUGCGCGCGCCCCCCUUGGAUUGGCUUCGGCAAUAAUUUUUUUUUUCCCAUUAAUUUCUAUGAUUUGCUACUUGUGACUAGUAUAAA